UUUGGACCAAUCUCUCUAGGUCUAGUAACUGCAAAAGCUACUCAUAUAGUUUGGCCACCAAACCGGUGGCAACAACUAUAAUCCACAAAACCUAACCAUGAGAGCUGUUAACUUUGUAAAGAGAUUACAUUGGGAAUUACCUGGUACUGUAUGCAGACAUGGCUUAACAAUAGGAGAUGUUGAUAAUGAUUGUGAUAAUGAAUUAGUUGUUGGUACAGCUGAAGGAGAACUUUAUAUAUUUAAAGGAUUGGAAUUAUGGCAGAAGAUCGCAGGCCUUGGUCUUAUAACCAGCAUAGCAAUUGGAGAUAUUUUUAAUUAUGGACGUAAUGCAUUAGUUGUGAUAUGUGGCGAUGGAUGGACACAUAUAUUUUAUAGUCCUAGAUCUGUCAAUCCUAAUAAUAAACAAGAACAUGAACAAGAUAAUUUUAAAGCAAGUAUUGAAUUACCAAAUUCUCAAAGUUCAGACUACAGUAAUAAUCUUAGUGAAAUAAACGAACUGUCUGGAAAAAUGGAAUGUGUACAUGUACAAAGAAUACCAACUAACACAAAGAUAGUGUUGAUAGCUGAUAUUGAUAGAGAUGGUGCUAACGAGAUGAUUCUUGGUCUGACAGAUCGUGUUGUUAGAUCUUACAGAUGGUCAAGUAAUGCCGAUUUAGGAACAGGAAAACUAGUCGGCUUAAAUAAAUGGGAAUGCACUAAUCAGAUAGGAACAGUUACACUACAGCAUACUGGCGAUGGUACAUCAACUUUGUUAGUUGCACAACCUGGUGGUACAUUCAUGCGAAUUAAAUGUAAGUCGGAGGGCUGUCACACAAAAGAUUGUUCGUGUGAAGCCGUGGAUUAUCAAACGUUAGGAAUAUCUAGAAUGCGCAAUCCGAAUAUUUCAACGGACAUUAUCGGAGAUCUAGAACCUGGAAGAACGUCAUUUAUCUCGACGCUUGAACCUAAAUUGCCUAAUUACAUGUCUAAAAAUAAGUUAUCAAAGCAAAGUUUUGCUGAUGACAGUCAGUUGGAUAUAAAAACCUUCAAGGCCACGUCGCUCGAAUUUAGAAGAAAUUACUCGCAACCUGUAAUUCGUAAAAGUAGUUUGGAUAUGACAGACGAAUAUGUUACAGAAUUUGCGAUACGAAGUCAAGAAACAGGUAAAUUUUAUACUCCUGUCGAUUCCUCGAGCACUGAUGAAGUGGAUGGCAACUUCAUUGGUAGUAAAGUUAUUCUUGGAAAAUUUGAUAAAAAUGUUGCAAAGGAAACGUUACCCCCUUUUAAGAAUUUUCUCUGCAAUAACAAUAAUAAACAUAGUAUUACCAACAAUAAUAAAAACAACAGUAAUAACAAUUCUAAUACAUGUAUUGCUGAAGCGUGUACAAGUAACAAUAGAAACAGUAUCAACACCACUACUGCAAAACAUGAAAAACAAGAUAAAAAAACAGAUGACACGAUUACUGAUGAAAAGGAUUCAAAAAAAGGAAAACCUUAUGCUUUAGCGACACUUGACGGAACUAUCAUGCUAGUUCAGGAUGAGGUCAUCUUAUGGGCUAUGCAAGUAGAUCAUCAGAUAUUUGCUCUAUGUCGACUAGACGUUACAGGUGAUAAAUCUGAUGAGAUAAUUGCCUGUGCUUGGGAUGGUCAGACAUAUAUUUUGGACCAGCAUCGGUGCAGUGUACGUUUCCAAUUCGAGGAGCCAGUCAGAGCAUUUUGUACAGGGAAUUACAGUGUGACUCCGGGAGCAUCCACUCCUAGUUUGGUGUAUAAUACUUUUAACAACAAGAUUUUUCUUUAUUAUGAUGUUACCUUACCGAGCAUGACUAUCAAUCCUUUGGAUCCUACAAAAACUUUUGAGCCGGAUGAAGUGCAGGUCUUAAAGAAAUUAUUGGGCGAGUGCAGUAUCAGUGAGAAACAACAAAAGAUAAAACAGUUAACUGAGUGGUUAUUGUAUAGCGUAGACAACGAUUAAAUGUUAUAUUUGUACACAAGACUGUAUAAUAAAAUUAUGAAUACUUAAGCUACAAUAUGA